AUGGGUUGUUUUGAUAAUGAUCACCAACCAAGUGGGCUAAUGGAAAUGAAAGGUUCAACAUCAAAAGGAUAUUUGGUGAAUUUUGGUAAAGGAAGAGCUGCUAGUCCGUUUAACAGUGCACAUAGUGGCGAUGGGAGUGAAGAUGAUGACCAGAGUUUUAUGGAAGAUGGGAAUGGUGAGAACUCUACUGGCGCUAAGGGCAAACAAGGCUUUCCAUGGCAGCGAAUGAAAUGGACAGAUAAUGUUGUUAGGCUUCUUAUUUCAGUGGUUGCUUGUGUGGGUGAUGACGAUACAUUUGAUGGUAUGGGGGGGCUUAAGAGAAAAUCCGGGCUUUUGCAGAAGAAAGCUAAGGCGAAGGAUGAUGUCGGAAAGAUAUGGAGUUCGAAACAUUUGUUUUAUAUGGAAAUUUGUGCCUACCAUAACGGGCAAAGAACACCCAAUUGCCAGGAUUUUGAUCUACAAGGUUGUUCAUUACCUCUUGAGAGGUGCUCAAAAGAUAUGAAUGGGUCAGGGGAGGAUGAAGUUGAGGGAAAUGAUGACAGUGAUGAUGAUGAAUCGAAUAAUGAAGCUGAUAAUAAUGCUGAUGAGACUUGGGAAAGUAUGGGCCAGUUGUGUGAAAGGAUUGUGAAUGAAGAGCAUUCCCACCUUUGUUCUCAAUCAGGUUGGCAAAAUAGCUUUGGUGUUGAAAUGACAGCAAUUUUUCAAGACACUAAUGUAUUGCCAUGGGAGAGAAAGGAGUGGAUUAAGAAGCAGAGGUUAAAACUCCUAGAGCAAAGGGUCAACAUCAAGGCUCAAGCUUUUGAGCUUGAGAAACAACAGUUCAAGUGGUUGAGAUACUGCAGCAAGAAAGAUAAGGAGUUCGAGGUUGAGGCUGGAGAAUGA